AUGCCCUUCCUGUGCCGGGGCGUGCGAUUGGCGACGCCGCACCCUCGAUCUAACGCGUGCCGGCCGAUCAAGGCCGCGGCUGGGCUGCCCAAUCGGCGGAUCGCCCAUCGGCUGGCGCCCCUGCGCCCGGGGCCGAUGCCGAUCUCGCGGCUGGCCCUGUGCGCUGCCGGGGGCGAUUACGGCAACGGCAGCGAGGAGGGGGGGCAGGAGGUGGGGGAGGAUGGGGACGGGGCGGCCGAGGGCGUGGCGGAGCUGCUGAUGAAGCCGUACAGCCUGGGAGCAGUGGCGGUGUCGGUGGCGGUGAAGGCGGUGGAGGGCGCGGGGACGGCAGCCGACAAGGCGUCGCAGCUCGCUCAGAAGGAGCUGCCGCGCGGCGCCAAGUCUCGGAAGGCCGGGCCCAGCGGGAACGGACGGGCCGCCGACAGUUCCUAUGCGGCGGCAGCCGAAGGAUCCGGCGACGCGACAGCCGAGCCUGUGGCGAGCAAGGCCCCGCCAGCGCCGGCGAAAGCCAAGCCCAGGAAAAAGUUCGAGUCCACGUUGCCGGGCAUGAUAGACCCCAUCCGAUUGGGCGCGAAGGAGUGGGUUGGCACCUGGUGGCCACAAGCACUGGAGGCCUCCAGCCAAACUGAACGAGCUGUGGCUGACUCUGGCGCUUCCCUGGGCGAGUGGGCUUACGACUUGGCAGAGUCCGUGGGGUCUGGGAUAGAAACGACGACAUCUGAUGUGAUAAAAAUUAUUGGGGGCUCGAAAGAUCAACUAGAAGUCAUUCUGAAGACCAAAACACCAGCGAAACGCAGACCAGGAGCUGUACCCAGGGAAGAGAAGAAAGUGAGGUUUUCAUUUAUGCAGUCAGUACCGAUUGUGAAGUCAUUCUUUGGAAGAAAGGAAGGGAAGAAAGAAGCUGGAAAAGAGGAAGGUGAGGCAGAUGUUGAUGCCACCGAUGGCCAGGCUGAAAGCACAGGGUAUGCAAGGGCACUGAAGAGUUUGGUGAGCACUGGGAAAAAGGACAAUCUUGUCUCAACUGCAGUUGAGACGGAGCCUGCAAAGCCUGAGGAUGGGGAGAAGAUGGCUGGGAAUGUGGCCCAGGUGCCCAUUCUGAAGAGCUUUUUUGGUGAGUAUGGCACUGGGCCAUCCACGGAAGAUGUUCGAGGAACAGCACGUGGCGUGGGUAGUCCUGCACCUGAAUUGGAGGCUCCCAAGGCCAAGGAUGUGGAUUCCAGCCAAGACAGUGCUGUGAAGUCUGCUGACAUUGGGACAAAGACUGAGCCCAAAGCCAAGAAAGAAACACCUCUGAAGCAAAUGGCUUCCACGUUCAGAAAGGAGGUGUUGCCAACACCAGCAACCACAACACCUCCAAAACCAGCCACAGUGGCACCGCCGAAGCCUGCUGUGAUAGUUGGGAAGAAGACAGAGUCCCAGGGAUAUGGGCAGCAGAGCUCUGGCACAGCGACAGCCCCAGCACAGAAGGCGCCCACAGGACAGGUCUAUGAAAAGCUGGUGAAGGAGACUGUGGGGAGCCCUGUUAGCCUGGCAAAAGGCCCAGCAGACAAAAUGACGAAGGUGUCUGGAGGUGCACUGGGUGGCCCCUACAACCUUUCACCCAGGAAGCUUUCGAAUGCAUCGUCCAGAGAGCCAUCCAAGACGCCACAGGCUGCCACUGGGGGUGGCGGCACUCGAGGGGGGUCGUACGGUGGCGACGGAGGAUACGGGGGUGGUGGCGAAGGCUUCCCCAGGGAAGGCCAAGACGAAUGCCCAGGCGAUUACUCUCUCGUAUGGUUCACACUGAUACUGAUUAUCAUUCUUGCGGGUAUUUGGUACUUGGAUAGCAUAGAUUAUGCAUGCAUGCCAUGCACAGCCCCAUCGGCCCGCACAGAGGCAAAACAACAGCCCACACCAAAGGAAUGUGCCAGUUGA